ACAACCAUCAUGGACAAAAUUCUGCAAAUCAACUCGGCUUACGCUCCGCAGAUCUCCGGCGGCCGCUUCAUUCGCUACGGAGACAUCGCCGAGUCGCUGAUGAGGAACGCCAUGAUCUGUCCCGGCGACGGCUGCUUCUGGCCCAAGGCGAGCGAUGGCUUCGUCUACAUGCCGUUCACGGUGUCGCCCGUCUACUCCCCGUCCGAGGUCCGAGCCAUCCAGCGCGCCAUAGCGGACGUCGCCAACAGCACCUGCGUUCGGCUCGUGCCGCGCACCACGGAGGUCGACUACCUGAGCUUCCAGAGCCUCGACGGGUGCUGGUCCUACUUCGGCAAGACCGGCGGGGAGCAGGCGGUGUCCCUGCAGUCGCCCACCUGCCUACUUAAGGGGGUCGUCAUUCACGAGAUCAUUCACGCCCUCGGCUUUUACCACGAGCACAACCGCAGCGACCGCGACAAAUACGUGAAGGUCAUCUGGAGCAACGUGCAGCCAGGGGAGGAGGACCAGUUCAGCAUCCUGCCGACGAACAACCUGAACACCAAGUACGACUACGGCUCCAUCAUGCACUACGGCAGGUAUGACUUUGCUGUCAACCCGUCGAUACCCACCUUGGAGCCCAUUCCAGACCCUUCUGUCAGAAUGGGCCAGCUGAGCGACAUGAGUGCCACCGACAUCCUGAAGAUCAACCGGCUCUACGGCUGUGGCGGUUCCUCAAAUAUGGAGACGGUGGUCCAGACUUCACCGACCACGACGACACACAGCACCACCACCACCAAGCCCACCACGAAGGCUGCUCCAAGCUGUGCCAACGUGGUCCUGACAGCCCCAUUUCAGCGCUUCAACUCGCCCAACUUCCCAAGUCUGUAUCCGAACAACGCAAACUGCCAGUGGCUGAUACUGGGGAACUCAAAGGUUCUGCUGACCUUCACCGCGAUGAACAUCCAGCUCACCACAAACUGCAUGGCCGACUACGUGCAGGUGUACGACGGGAGCAGCACGCUGGCCAAGCCCCUCAGUCCCCGCCUGUGCGGCUACACCACUCCCCCGCCGCUGACCUCGACGGGCCCCAGCGUCCUGGUGGUCUUCCACAGCGAUGCCUCCCUCCAGAACUUGGGUUUCCAGAUCUCCUACAGGUUGCUAUGAUAUACAGAGGGGUCUGCCCAGCCAUCGCCCGACAGCCUUUUGUGAAGUUGGCCCCCGUCAUCCGCCUCUGU